CACACCACUCGCCACCAAUGGAGCACACCGGAGCCAUGUCGAGGACAUCGUCGGCGCCACUGCUCGUCCUGUCGGCGGCGCUCGCCGUGCUAGCCUCCACCUGCAUCGCCGACCCUGAGCCGGUGCAGGACUUCUGCGUGGCCGUCGUCCCCCGCGCCGGCGACGCCGCGGCGGCGGCGUGCCCGGCCUACCCGGGCUUCCCGUGCAAGCCGGCGUCCACGGUCGUCUCCGACGACUUCUUCUUCGCCGGCCUCGCCGUCGCCAGCGACACGGACAACCGGUUCGGGUUCAACGUGACGGCGGCGAACGCGGAGACGUUCCCGGGGCUGAACACGCUCGGCGUCUCCAUCGGCCGCGUCGACCUUGCCCCCGGCGGCGUCAACCCGCUGCACAGCCACCCGCGCGCCACCGAGCUGAUCCACGUCGUCGCUGGGAGGGUGCUCGCCGGGUUCGUGAGCACGGCGGGGGAGUUCUACUCCAAGGUGCUCGGCGAGGGGGAGACGUUCGUCGUGCCGCGCGGGAUGAUCCACUUCCAGUACAACGUCGGCGGCGUCGCCGCCCAGGUCAUCACGGCGUUCAACAGCCAGAUGCCCGGCGUCGUGGCCGCCGGGUCGACGCUGUUCGGCUCCGACCCGGAGAUACCCGACGCCGUCCUCGCCAAGAGCUUCCAGGUGGACGCCAAGAUCAUCAAGCUCCUCAAGUCCAAGUUCUAGAAGUCUUGAUCAUCCGCCAUGGCUGAUGAAACUUCUAUUUGCCCAGCUGUCCUAGAUAACAAAGAUAUAGUACUCCUACGUGGAAUAUAUGUUUAUUCCCGUAAAUACCGUUGCUUCUCGGUUGAUAUUCUGAUACGAUAUUUGCCUGUAUAUAUUUGGCACGUGAAUAAAUAAAAGUGCAUUUGAUCAUUUCGAAUUUGAUGAA